AUGCACAUUGCUAUUUGGAACAUAAGAGGAUUUAAUAAAUCCUCUAAACACAAGAUAGUGAGACAGUUUAUUCAAGAUUACAAUCUCUCAUUGUUGGGUCUUCUGGAAACUAAAAUUCCUGGUAGUAAACUUCAAAGUUUGACUAUGAAAAUAACAAAAGACUGGAAGUGGAUUUGUAAUGUUCAUGAAGCUGGUAAUGGAAGGAUUUGGUUACUGUGGGAUAGUGAUAUUCUUACAAUGCAAGAUACAAUCUUAACAGACCAAUACAUUACCUGUUGGAUAGAAUCCAGAGAUGGUAAAUUCUCCAGCUUAUGUACUAUUGUUUAUGCCCACAAUCAAAUGACAAGCAGGAGAAUUCUUUGGAGUGAUCUUUUGACUUUUUGUACUAUUGUUUAUGCCCACAAUCAAAUGACAAGCAGGAGAAUUCUUUGGAGUGAUCUUUUGACUUUUAAAAAUAAUGUUACUGGUCCCUGGGUUAUUGGAGGGGACUUCAAUGCGAUUACUAGUUAUGAUGAGAAGAUAGGAGGUGUAUCUGUAUCAGAAUCUGAUAUUGAGGAUUUUCAAAACUUUAUCAUUUCCAGUCACCUUCUUCAUUUGAAAUCUACUGGAUGCUACUUCACUUGGAACAAUAAGCAAAAUGCAGAUACAAGAAUUUGGUCCAGAUUAGACAGAUGCUUAGUAAAUGAAGACUGGAUUCAUCUAUAUACAACAAGCCAAGUUGAAUAUCUACUACCUAGCUGUUCUGAUCACUCUCCUGCUCUUCUAACCAUUGAAGAUGAUAUUAUAACUGGUAAGAGGCCAUUCAAAUUCUUCAACAUGUGGGUAAAGCAUCCUGACUUCAUGUCUACAGUCAAAGCUAUUUGGGAACAAAACAUAGAUGGUUUUAAAAUGUACAGUUUCCAUUCCAAGCUCAAAAUGCUAAAGACUGCUCUUAAAGAUCUAAAUAAGAAGCACUAUAUGAAUAUUAGUGAGCAAGUUCUUAGAGCAAAAAAUAGCUUAACUGAAGUUCAAGGGCUACUGUCUGGGGAUCUUUUCAAUCCUGAUCUGAUAAGAAGAGAAAAAGAUUGUAUCAAAAAAUAUGAAAGGCUUCUGGACUGUGAAUCAUCUUUUUACAAGCAGAAAGCAAACAUUGAUUGGUGUCUAGAUGGGGAUAAAGGUACUAAAUUCUUCCAUUCCAUCAUGAAAAAGAAAAGGCAUCAAAACAGAAUUAUAUCUCUUUAUACAGAGAAUGGGAUUAGGAUCACUGACAGUGCUGAUAUUGUUACUGAAAUUGUGGAUUAUUACAAAAAUUAUUGGGGACUUCAAUUCAAACAGUUCAUCCUGAUCCAAUGGUUAUUGCAAAUGGCCCUCUUCUAUCUUCUGAUCAAAGUCAUGAGCUGA